AUGUUGGCCAACAGGGCGCUUCCUAAUAGCGCCGACCUCAAACCAUACAACUUCGCGGUCGCUGGACACGAGGGCACACUCUGCGAUCCAGAUGGCGAGCUCUUCAUCAAGCCUUGCACGCAGCAGGAAAUCAGCUUCUACGAGACGGCCUGCAAGGACCACCCUCGCUUUGCCGAGCUGAUGCCCGUGUUCCUCGGCACUCUCUCGCUCAACGACGUCACCGAUGUCGAGUCGCUUAACGAGCAGCUCCCCGCCGUCGCCGACCACAUCAGCCAAGGCAUGAAGGAGGAAGCGGUGCGCAUGGCGAAGGAGAACGCGGUAGAGGCCGCAGUAGAAGCUGCAGGGGCUGCCAAGGCUGCCCGAGAUAACGUCACAUGGAAGCCCAACAUGACCAAGAAGAUCGCGACGAACAAGUCUGUGGUGUUAGAGAACGCCGCGUACGGCUUUCAGAACCCCAACAUCCUGGACGCCAAGCUUGGGCGACGGCUAUGGGCCGACGACGCACCCCUGGAAAAGCGGCGGCGAUUUGAUGAGAUCAGCAAAGCCACUACAAACGGUUCUCACGGGUUCCGGGUCGCGGGCAUGCGCGUGUACAAAGGAUCCGAAAAUCCGGCAGAGUUGGACUCGCACGGGUACAAGGUGUACGACAAGGACUACGGCAGGCUUCAGGUCACGCCAGAUAACGUUGUGGAGGAGAUGCGAAAGUUCAUCUUCAACAGCCGGGCUGGCGUGGACGAGGAUCUCGGGAAGGCGAUUGCGGGCGCUUUCCUCGACGAUCUUCGGCGCGUCGAAGAUGUUCUCGCCAGCGAAGAGAGCAGAAUGUAUUCUGCCAGUUUGCUGUUUACCUUUGAGGGUGACGGCCAGGCCCUCCGAGCUGCCAUCGAGCAGCCGACCCCGACGGCGUCGCCGUCCCGCCAGGAAACUCGCCCGGAAAAGAAAGAGCUGGGCCUGAGUGCGUCCCGCGUUGAUAGCGGCAUCGAGGUCAAAGUCAUCGAAUUUAGCGUCGGCGAAGACUUCAGCCAAAUCGAAAUGGAGGACGAGGACGAGGACGACGAGGACGAUGAGAUAUCCUCCAUGCCGCGUAUCUAUUCCCUCAAGCUUAUCGACUUUGCGCACGCCGAGUGGGUUCCUGGACAGGGCCCCGACGAGAACUGCCUCCUCGGCGUUCGAAGUCUGAUCAAGAUCUUUGAGGAGCUUUCUAAGUGA